AAUGCUUUGGUAAAACCUCGAGAGGACUAUGUCGACGUCUUUUUUCGUCAUCUGGAACAGUGUACGAUUGAAUGGACACCGGAAAAGUUCUAUGCUCCAUACAUAUCGCUCGUACAAGCCAGCGGCACUGGCAAGUCAAGACUAUUACGAGAAUUGGCAUUUGAAAAAGACGUCUUGGUGGUGUAUAUUUGUUUGCGUGAUUCAAUAACGAGGGGCUAUCCAAACCGUUCUAUCAUUGCUGAUGUAAUCACUAAAAAGGAUACUUCAGAAACUUACUAUCUUACCUUCUUAUUGGCUUUGUUUGAUGUGUGUUCAAAAUUCUUGGAUCAACAACUUCGUGAAAAUGCGGAAGAGACAUGUGGCCGUGUGUUUGACAUUUUUAUCAGUGACAAAAAUGAUGAAACGUUCGACCUACAAAACCAUUUUUGGAAUGAAGUGAUGGAGCAGAUGAAAUUGCAAGAGGUCUCAACUGAUAUUAAAGAAAAGAUAGCAAAUCGUUAUAAAAACCUUAUG